CUUUAAGUUCAGAAAUUGUAUUGAAAAGAAAUAAUUUCUAAACAGAACAGAAAUCAGACAUUUCAUUUUCGCAGAAAUAUGAAGUAAAUAAUAUGGUUUACUAAUUUUACUUUCCUGCUAUUGCCAACGGGUAAAUGAAUGAAGUGAUAUGUGUGUUAAUAGUGUAUGUACAGAUUUAUAAUAUUAGUUCAUCAAUUUCUUUACAUAAAGUGGGUGAAGUAAGUGAACUCGGUAAAAAUAAACGCAGGUAUUGUCAUUAUGGAUCAAGAUAAAUCCGAAGGCAGUUCAAACGCACCAAACCCUGGAAAGAGGCCACGGCCGUUUUUAUUACAGCCAUGUCCAAAGAUCGCUCGAUUGUCCAUGUACGACAAACCAUCAACCAAUUGCCAGAAAAGUCCUAGGACCAGUGUGCCAAAGAAGAAUAAACUUUCAUAUGAUAUUAGUGAUGUCCCAGCCUCUGGCACUCCCGUGCCAGAGAAACGUGUUCGUAAGGCUGGGCCGUAUCUUUUAGGGCCUAAACUGGGUCCGAGUCCUGUGAAAAGUAUAGUUCAAUGUUUGGCUAGAAAAGAAAAGACUGAUGAUUUUUAUCAAAUAAAAAUUUUGACUUUACGCCAUGAGGAUCAAGCUGAGACACAGGAUGACAGGCAGGGGAAGAUGCUACUGCACACUGAGUAUUCUUUAUUGUCACUAUUGAAGGAUCAAGAUGGAGUGAUACAUCACCAUGGACUAUUUAAGGAUUAUGCUUUAGAGGAAGCUCCCAGUUAUUUGGGAUCUAACCGAGCAUACAAAGGCAGCGGAUCUGGCCGUAUCUACACUGGGCGUGUCCGGGAGCGGCUCUUUCUAGUACUUGACUGUGUAAAUGCUCACCAGUUUAGUGAGAAAGGUAGUGAGCUGAUCAAUCUCCAGCAAUAUGUUACAAAAGUCAAGAAGGUUCCAGAAAAGGAGGCACUGUUGAUCUUCUAUGAUAUUGUGAGGGUUGUUGCUAAUAUGCAUAAGAGAAAUGUUGUGCACCGGGAUCUGAAGCUGGGCAACAUUGUGUUGAACCAGAGAACUGGCCGCAUCACCAUCACAAACUUCUGCCUCGGGACUCACCUGGGCAGUGACAGGGACUUAUUAAAAGAUCAAAGAGGGUCCCCAGCCUACAUAUCACCAGAUGUCCUAAUGUGCAAGCCAUACCUUGGCAAGCCAUCAGACAUGUGGGCGUUGGGGGUUGUGUUAUACACCAUGUUGUAUGGCCAGUUUCCAUUCUGCGACACAAGUCUCGCGCAGCUGUUUAGUAGGAUACAGGCGGCCAGUUAUAAUAUACCGCCCGAUGGUAACUCUGUUCAAGUUUCGGACAGCACGGUGUUCCUUAUCCAGAGGUUGCUGGUGAAAGACCCGAAACACAGACUGUUGGCAGAUGAGGUGCUAGAUCAGCUAUCGAGUAUCAUAGCUAGCUCGGUGAUAGUCCCGAGCGUCCCCGACGACCUGCAGGUGGUGCCCGAGGUCGUGCUGGAGGAAGACAGGGUCAAAGAGAAACCUGACGAGAUUAAGGCGCUCACUCCGGUGCCGGACCACUGUGCGGAGAGAGUGCAGACUGCUAGUGAGGACGUCGGCGUAUACUGCGUCCCCCUGCCGGACUUCCUAGCUCUGAACUUCCCAAGUUCGAGUCAGGCGAGUGCGCAGACGCAGACUGGCGACGUGGCGUCGCCCGCGCAGGGCCAGCGCCAUGUCACCGUGCAGCGGAUAGGCCGGGACGCGAGGCCUCUCAACCACUCGGAAAUUGCCAGGUACCAACACAUGUUCACGAACAACCAAUCUAGAGAGCGCACUGAACCGCCCCGGCAGAACUUUGUCCCCGAAUCUCGGCCAGAGAACUCCAGGCUCCGAGCUUUAGCCCAAAGGAUCCCCCGGCUCAACCCCAUAGUCGCCAGCACCUCCGGACAGUCUACUUCGGGCACUUCUACUGACUUUCGGGUCAUCCCAUGGUCCGAAAGAUCUAGGUUACAAUUUGAUAGAUCACUAGACCAAGACUAUGUUCUAAGGUUACCGCUUCUGGAACUGGCUAGAUUGCCGCACCACACCGCAAACAGGAUCCUGAACCCGCCGCCGGUGCAUACGGUGAAUUUAGAGUCGGUUAUGAACAACCCGAGACCGCCUGCUGAUAAUAACGAGUUUGAUUAUAAUUAGAAAAAUAUUUCUGUCUAUAGGAGUUUGAACUUAAUUGUUGUUUUUACUUAUUUGACUCAAACUCUGUGCAACUACGU